AUGCCGGGACGGGGCGGGCGGUGGCCAGCGGGAGGGCGGCCGGGGCCGGAGGGGACGGGGCGCCGGGCGGGCAGGGGCCGGCGGCGGGCAGCUGCGGCCGCGGAGCUGACGGGGACGGGGCGGGCGGGGGCCGUCGGCGGGCGGCCGGGGGAGGGCGUCGGGUGGCGGCUGCGGGGCGGGCGGUGGCCAGCGGGAGAGCGGCCGGGGCCGGCGGGGACGGGGCGCCGGGGAGGGCAGGGGCCGGCGGCGGGCAGCUGCGGCCGCGGAGCCGACGGGACGGGGCGGGCGGGGGCCGGCGGCGGCCGGCCGGGGGGAGGGCGUCGGGUGGCGGCUGCGGGGCGGGCGGUGGCCAGCGGGAGAGCGGCCGGGGCCGGCGGGGACGGGGCACCGGGGAGGGCAGGGGCCGGCGGCGGGCAGCUGCGGCCGCGGAGCCGACGGGGACGGGGCGGGCGGGGGCCGGCGGCGGGCGGCCGGGAGGGCGCCAAGUGGCGGCUGCGGGGCGGGCGGAGGGGGCGUACAGGGGUCUGGAGGGCGAACUGGGCUGGCCGGCUGGGGUUGGGGGAGUAG